UUGAAAUGAAAAGCAGAACCAUUCUUAACAUAAGCCAAGAUAAUUGUGCAUUCAUUCAUGCGGUAAAGCCAAAGUCAAGUUCAUUAUAGUGAGAUUAGAGCUAUCAUUGAGUGUUUGAAUGGAUUGGAAAACAUUUUGAAGGUCGGAGAGGCAGAGAAGAACACCGAAGAUGCAAACUAUCUAUUACCAACUGAUUGAUAGCGUGGAAGGGGUGGAAAAGAUUGAGAACCUACGAUUCUCGCAACCACUAUGAAAUCCAAGGGAAGGCUAUGAAGGUUUGACCUGAAGAAGAUGAGGAGGAGACACAACAAACUCUUCCAUGGAACCAAAAUCUUGCAACUUUGAAUGAAGAGUCAAACUCAAAGAGUGAGUGUGAGAGUCAAAUUCCAUAAAUGGUUUAUGAGACAUUUAUGAGUUCUCCAACUUUCCAUAAAUCCCCACUUAAAAGUACAAUUUGUAGAGAUUCAUAUCAAAAUGCAGCUAUAAGUAAACUCAUAAAUCUUUGUUCUCAAACCCUCGAAUCCCGAUGGCGGCGCGGCGCUGAAACCCCGGAAAAGUUCAUUUCGAUUGACAAACUACAAUUUGGGAAGCAGAUAAAGCUAGAUCUCGCUGAGAAGUUGAGAUUUUUACGGUUUCUCUAUCAAGUUUCUGUAAAUUUCUUUUGGAGAGGAGAAAGCCAUGUCGCUGAGAACAGAGGAGGAGGAAGAAGUAUCAAAAGCUAUAAUCGAUGGUGUUUGGUCAGAUGAUCCUUCAUUGCAGUUUGAAUCCACUGCCAAGAUCAGAAGUAUUCUAUCACAGAGAGAUAUAACUCGUCCUUCUGAAAGUGUGAUACGAUCUGAAGUUUUGCAUCGUCUCGUUCAGUUUCUUUGCAAGGAAGAGUUCCCUAAGCUUCAAUAUGAGGUAGCUUGGAUUCUCACAAACCUUGCUACUGAAAAACCGGAGGAGGUCGUUGGUCACGGAGCUGUUCCAAUCUUAAUUCACCUUCUUGCUUCUCCUAAAGAUUAUGUCCGUGAGCAGGCUAUAUGGGCACUGAAUAAUCUUGCUGGCCAUUCAACACGUUACCGUGAUAUUGUUCUUCAUUGUGGAGUAUUGAUGCCACUGUUGCGUUUGCUGUACAAUGAUACUACGCUCAGGAUUGCCACUUGGACUUUGUGUAACUUGUGUCGUGGCAGGCCUUCACCCGCCUUCGAGCAGGUGAAACCUGCUCUCCCUGCACUUGAACUACUUCUUCAGUCAAAUGAUGAAGAAGUCUUGAAACAUGCUUGCUUGACACUAUGUAAUAUGUCUAAUGGUUCUGAAGAUGGAAUCCAAAGUUUGAUUGAGGCUGGCUUUGUCCGAAAACUAAUUCAAUUUCUCCAACACCCUUCUCCUGCAAUACUUGUUCUUGCAGUUCGUACCAUUGGGGCUAUAGCUGCUGGAAAUAAUCAGCAUACUCAGUGUGUGAUAAAUUGUGGUGCUUUACCCAUUCUUUCAAACUUGCUUACUGGAAACUAUGAGAAAAACAUAAAGAGGCAUGCUUGCUGGGUGAUUUCAAACAUCACUGCAGGCACAGAAGAACAAAUUCAGACAGUUAUUGAUGCAAAUUUUAUUCCAACCUUGGUUUAUCUGGCUCAAAAUACUGAAUUUGAGUUGAAGAAAGAAGCUGUAUGGGCAAUUUCAAAUGUGGCCUUAAGUGGUUCUCAUGAUCAAAUCAAAUACAUGGUGGAGCAGAGUUGCAUAAAACCUUUAUGUGAUAUCCUAGUAUGUGAAGAUAUGAAAACCAUCUUAAAGUGUCUGAAUGGGUUGGAAAACAUUUUGAAGACCGGAGAGGCUGCAAAGAAGACAGAAGACAAGAACUGUUAUGCUCUACUGAUUGAAGGUGCGGAAGGGCUAGAAAAGAUUGAGAACCUGCAAAGCGACGAUAAUAUUGUGAUCUGCGAGAAGGCUUUGAAGAUUCUGGAGACAUAUUGGCUUGUAGAGGAGGAUGAGAACAUGAACCACAUUGUUUUGGAGGCAAAAACUCUAUAUGACAUGGAACCAAAAACUUGCAGCUUUGGAGGCCAACUCAAAGAGUGAAUCGAGAACCAUCAUUGUAGGACUUGACUUGAUUUUCAAUUGUUUACAGAGUCGAUACACAAGCGUUGAUGGAGUCUGCGUCGUCUAAUUGAUGGUUUAUUUAUUUUUAGUUGAAAGGUUUAUUGAAAAUUUACUCAAAUUUUUGAAAUAUCUUUGCUGAUCUCACAUCA